AUGGAGCUUCUUAGGACAGCAGUGGGGUACUUUGUUGAUAGGAAAUCAAGAAGUCAAAGUGAACCUCCCAUCCUUUCUCCAUAUGUUGGGGAUGUGCUCACAGAACUAAUUACUGAAUCCGCGGGAGACUCAUGGCCAGCUCCUGGAACAAGGUCAGGAAAGAAGGCAUCUCCGGAACCUCCGAGUUCUGAUGUUGACUAUGUCCCCCCAAGGCCUCACUUGAACUACUUUGCCUUAGCCUACCGAGUGAAACUUCCUCUUAGGACGAAUGAAAGAGUAGAGACUUGCCCGGUCUUCUUUCUCCGUUGUGAAAGGAAAGGGCGAUAUGCUAAUACUGGGGUGGAAGAUCUCGACGGAACUCAAUCCAACCACAAAAAAGAGUAUCCGAUUUUGAUUCAAAUCCUGAGUCGAUGGAUGGGAAGCAUGGGCCAAGACAAGGAGAAGCUCCGUACCCACCAAAGCAAACGAAAACGCUUGCUUGAGACCUUUUAUGCCUUGGGGUGGUGCCCAUUCUCUCUCUUAAGUGAUUCCACGUCAGAGCUUGAUCCGCUACCGAUCAGGAAGUGCGUUCGGCACUCAAAGCGCCAGGACAGAACAACAAGUGCGGAAUCCCAUCCUGCUGCAGGGAUUGGAAAUUGCGGAAUAUCAGGAUUUAGGCUCUUGCAAAGAAGGCAAUUCAUUCGUAGUAGGAUAUUGAAACCUCAAACCCUCUCUGUCAACAACAUCGAAAAGAUUAGGACGAAGGAGCUCGAGCUCUCUUCCAUAUUCAAUUCUCGGAAGAAGAUUCUCAGAAGCUGA